UGAUCCUGAAGUUCGACGAAUAUCUGGCUGGACGGCUCGGGGAACUCACAUCGCAGCAAUGAGCUCAGCGCCUCUCCUCCGUCCCGCCAUACUGGUCGUCUCCGACACUGCGGCAGCCGAUCCAUCAACCGACAAAUCCAUCCCCAUCCUCAAGGACGUAUUCUCGGACGACGGCGCCGGGAAAUGGAGCGAGCCACUUUUUGAGAUCGUCAAGGACGAUGUGCUGGAGAUUCAACGGGUCGUCCGCGGGUGGACAGAUUCCGAGAAUGAAGCCACCAAUGGCGGCGUGGUCAACUUGGUCGUCACGACUGGAGGGACAGGCUUCGCGCGACGAGACUUCACGCCGGAAGCCAUUACGCCCCUGAUCCACCGUCACGCUCCCGGCAUCGUCCACGGCAUGCUAUCUGCUUCGUUCCAGAUCACGCCUUUUGCCAUGAUGUCGCGGCCUGUGGCGGGCGUGAGGUAUAAAUCUAUCAUUAUCACCCUGCCCGGGUCGCCCAAGGGCGCCAAGGAGAACCUACAGGCUGUGUUGAAACUAUUGCCACACGCGUGCUUGCAAGCUGCAGGUCAGGACUCUAGGGCUGCCCAUGUGGGAGGAGUGAAGAAGUUGGAGAAGGAGGCUGGAGUUGGCCCAUCAACAUCCGGCGGUGCUACACCAGCAACGUCGAGUGCGACGGCGGGGCCCCCUGCUACGACUGGUGGACAUGACCACAAUCACCAUCAUAACCACGACCAUGACCACAGUCAUGGAGGCGGGGGUGGCCAUGGAGGACACAAAAUCCCCAAAGCUCACACCACCCCCUCCGAGCGACCUCAACUACAAUCCAACGACCCCAGGCUCGGUGCCACGGCACGCUACCGGUCAUCCCCAUACCCAAUGCUGAACGUGUCAGACGCCGUGUCGAAAAUCCUCGAAAAUGCACCGUCUCCCAUAGUCGAAAUAAGAGACGUAUCACCUGACUUGAUAGGCUACGUGGCGGCCGAGGAUAUCAAAGCCGCAGAGGCUGUCCCCGCCUACCGCGCCAGCAUAGUGGAUGGAUAUGCCGUCAUCGUCCCCGACAAGGCCACCUCGCAGAGCAUCAAGGGGGUCUUCCCCGUCGCCUCGGUCUCGCACGCCCAAGCGUCAUCCUUACCACCCCCUCUCCAAAAGGGUCAGAUAGCCCGGAUCACCACCGGCGCGCCGCUACCAGCAAACGCCAACGCAGUAGUCAUGGUGGAAGACACGGUCAUCUCCACACUCACACCAGACGGGAAGGAGGAGGCCAGCGUGGAGAUCCUCACGGACGAACUCGUGGAAGGGGAAAACAUUCGCGAGCCCGGGAGCGACAUCCAACUGGGCCAAGUGAUUGUGGCCAAGGGGACGCAGAUCAGCGCCCUCGGCGGCGAGAUCGGCGUCCUCGCGGCGGCGGGCAUCAAGACGGUCCCCGUCCACCGGAAACCCCGGGUCGGGGUCAUGUCGACGGGCGACGAGGUGACGGACGUCACGUACGACGGAGCCCUGAGCGGCGGGAUGAUCCGCGACUCGAACCGGCCGUCCCUGCUGACGCUGCUGCGCGGGUGGCGGAUGUGCGAGGCCGUGGUGGACCUGGGCGUCGCGCGCGACACGCCGCACCACGAGCUGGAGCACAAGCUGCGCGACGCCUUCCGGCUGCACGAGCUGGACCUGGUCGUCACGACGGGCGGCGUGUCGAUGGGCGAGCUCGACCUGCUGAAGCCGACCGUCGAGCGCGCCCUGGGCGGGCACGUCCACUUCGGCCGCGUCAACAUGAAGCCCGGCAAACCCACCACCUUUGCCAGCGUGCCGGUCAAGGGCUCGUCGGGCACCAGCACCAGCACCAGCAGCGGCGGGCGCGAGACGAGGCUCAUCUUCGGCCUGCCCGGCAACCCGGCCAGCGCGCUCGUCACGGCCAACCUCUUCGUGCUGCCCUGCAUCCAGCACAUGACGGGCCUGCCGGGCGAGGGUGCCCCGCGGGUCAAAGUCCGCGUCCAGGGCCGCGUGCGCUGCGACAAGGCCCGCGUCGAGUACCACCGCGUGCUGGUCUCGGUGGACCCAGACGACGGCAAGCUCGUGGCGCGGAGCACAGGCAUGCAGCGGAGUUCUCGGGUAGGCAGCCUAGCGAGUGCCAAUGGAUUGUUGGUUCUCCCUCAGAGGGAAGGAUACGUUGAGGACGGGGGCGUGUGUGAGGCGCUGAUGGUCGGGAUGGUGUUGGGAUAUUGAUUUCACAGUGACUCUAAAGAACCGGGGGACCCGAAAUUAUAUACGCAAAGACUACAUGAAGCUGUCACGAGAAGGCGUCGACGUGAUGAGGCGAAAGCUGUUGCAUUCGGAGGUGUACAGUACCCAGCCUAUCUAUCCACCAGAGCGCAGAGAGGGGUAUCAAUGUCAUAAGAAUAACACGCCGUGGGACACCAAAUCCGUCGCUGUAACUUUAUGCUUCUCUAGCCUUGUCCUUGUGUGAUAUGAUGCUGUGGUCU